UGCUUUACACUCAUUUUCUUUUUUCCUAGCCAUUUCCAAAGGAGUCCUCAUCGCUUUGGUUUCACAUUUAUGUCUGUGUGAUUAUGACUUGAGCUCAUACCUGCCUUCUUCUUCUCCUCUUAUUUCCUCUUUCUUUCUUGUUGGUCUUUGGUGUCUUAUACAUAUUUUUAGUGUUCCUAAAAAGUAAUAAAUUCUUACGAGUAUUAUGGGGGAUUCAUUUGAUGAAGAGUGUGAUUAUCUAUUCAAAGCAGUUCUUAUAGGAGAUUCAGCAGUUGGGAAAUCAAACCUUUUGUCAAGAUUUGCUAAGGAUCAAUUUCAGCUGGAUUCUAAACCUACCAUUGGAGUGGAAUUUGCUUACAGAAAUAUUAGAGUUGGCGAUAAGCUCAUCAAAGCACAAAUAUGGGACACCGCCGGACAAGAAAGGUUUCGAGCCAUAACAAGUUCAUAUUAUCGUGGAGCACUUGGUGCCUUGCUUGUCUACGAUAUAACAAGAAGAGCAACAUUUGAAAAUUUAAGAAAAUGGCUAUACGAGCUUAGGGAAUAUGGCAGCUCAGACAUGGUAAUUGUUCUUGUUGGAAACAAAUCUGAUUUGGCCAAUUCUGCAAGAGAAGUCAAUGUUGAAGAUGGGCAAAGCCUUGCACAAUUAGAAGGAUUAUCUUUUUUGGAAACAUCAGCA